GGUUGAUCGAUCUGCAAUCCCUAACAAUUUCCAAAAUUUUGGUAAAUAUUUGGAAGUCACAGCUAGCUAGUGGAAAAUUUCUUCAUACGUGCAUCCACAUGUCUAUCAUUUUAAAAUUUCUUUCGGAUUUUGAGCAUUCUUGGGAUACCUAUAAUGAAAAAAUGUUCUCUCAGGUGCUUACGUGCAACAAAAAUUUCUGGAUUGUUUCCUCGCAAUUCCAUGUACACAGUCCCCAUCCUUCGUUGAGUUUGAAAGACGAAAGAAAAUAUUUUUCCAUUUGCUCAAAACGAGGCCAAAUAUAGGACAAUCUAUUAACCUUGACGGAAUUAUGACCUUCUGCCCCAUUGAACGAAAAGGGCGUCAGCUAUGUGUGAUGAUCAAUGCAAUCCAGUUCUACGUUCCAUAUGUACAACAAUUUUUCAUAUCGGAAAACGUUUGUCAUUUAGGACAGCCAAAAAAAUAUUUGUGUCUUCGGGAAGAACCAAACUGCGUGUUUUUAAGCAGGACUGCCCUCCAGAGUGUUGGACUGUUAAAAUUUAUUUGCCAAUUGACGAUAUCAAGCUUUGUCAUAAAUUUUAUGGACCUGAAAAUGCUGUGCGAAAAUCAUGAAAACUUGAUCAUUGUGGAAGUGCUACUUCAUUUUAGAAAUCGUGUCCUUCCAGAAGUUUUGGAGGACAGCACCAGCGCUUUAUCUCGUUUAAGAAUGUUUUCUUUUUCGCCAGCCAGAGAUGAUUACGACAAAGAAUCAUUCAGAUUACUCUGGCGUGCCUGCCUUGUUCACUUGCCCAAAUUGCAUAUUAUCAGGGCUCGCGUUGGAAGCGUAGGAAGCAACUCUGUGCACCCGGAGGAAGUAAUCCAAUUCAUGACUGAUCCCCAGCUGAACAACAAAAUUUACGAAUUACGUCACUUGUUGAUAAUCCCGGAAAUUUGCCCAUAUCCAGUCAUGUUUCCUCGCGUCACGCAUCUUGAGAUAAUGUGGCCUGAAGAUAUGAUUUUCACGGAGGAGGAUGUGCAUGCAACUAUGACGUUCGUCACUACUCUGAAAAGCUUAUCCUUGAUAAAUGUCCCAUGUGCUAAUACGUUGACCCGAUAUCUGAAGAGGUAUGGGUUAAACCUGACCGAAUUGCUACUCUCUAAUAGUCCUGGAUGGGAUGACGACGCCUUCAACUACGAUUUAAAAAACAUUUUUGCGCUCUGCCCAGCACUAGAGAAGCUUCGUUUAACUGGAAUAAACUUGCUAGAUACCUCGUCCCCACCAAAAUUUUCGAAAUUAAGACGAUUACAUUUCCAAUCGCACGAAAGAGCGAGAAACAAUUUCGCUGUUAUUGUGCGCGCACCAGAGUUGAAAGACUUGUUUCUAGAAGGGGCAAACUUUGACCUAAAUGAUAUUUCUGAAGUGGCUUCCUUGAUCAAGAGCGGGCAUAUUCUCGGCAAACUCGAGAGGUUGCAUAUUAUUGCGACUAAGAUUCCAAAUCCCCAUUCCGUAUAUAUCAGGAGAAUGCGAGAGCUGGUGUUAAACGCAUCCGCGUAUCUCAAGACUUUAACCGACGUAAAUUUACUUACUAAAGUAGGUAUGCAACGUGAUAAAAUCUUGUCAAGCUUUAAGUUGAAUAGACUUCUUCAAUUAUAUAACGGUCGCGGGUGUUAGAAUUUAGAUUGUAUGCAUUACAAUUUUAAACAGAAACAAAAAUGUAAUUUUUUAUAUUAUUAUGUCGACUUUGGCUGCUCUAUUGGUUUUUCUCUGUAUAUAUAUAUAAUCAAUUUAGUAAAAUAAACGGCUCCAAACAAAAUACAA